GUUUUUCUUAUUUGAAUUGGGAUUGAGAUUACGUGACAAGUGUAGGUGUUUUGCAACCUCUAGUAAAAAGUAAAACGGCGACGAGUGCAUAGGAAUCCUAAUCAAUGACUCACAGGAGCUACUAGAUGAGCAACAGAAUGAUAAAAGUGAAAGGAGAAGAUGAAAGCGAGGUUUCUGCGACGAAAUAUUAUGAUGAACGGGCGCGCAUACUUACUGCAGCUCACAAUUCCAGACGCGAAGCCUAUUGUCCUCCUGGAGAAGCCCCUCGUUCUACUGGAGAAACAGGUUGUCCUUCUGGAGAAAGCGGUCGCGCUUCUGGAGAAGCCAGAGCCGGUCAAACUCCUGAGGAACACUCUGUUGCUUUCGCUUCUGGAGAAGCUGCUCGCGUUUCUACGGGAGACUGUAUACUAUUUGCAGACGUUGACAGACUGACAGUGGAUCAACUGGUGAAAACAUAUUCUUACGACAUUUCCGCGUUGGCUCACAUCGAUGACGAGGAGGUACUAGAUGAUUGCGCUGAAGACGAUGAGCAGAUGGUUGGUGCAGUACCGCCUAGUAUUCGGUCUACAAAAAUUCAGAGUGCAUUUAUACCAAAUCGUAUCGAUUUUGGAAAGUGUUCUGCUGGAAAGUCGUCUGGUUGCUCGGGGUCGUCUGCAGAUGUCGGGACUCUACACGAGAAUGGCGCUCCCAGUGGUCCUCGCGAGAACGCUUCUGGUACAAGAAUUGUAGGUUUAACUGCAUCUGGUGUUACUUCGGCGACGUCAGUAUCUGGUGUUCUGGUUACUACAGAUUUACACCUUUCUCGGUCGAGUUUUUCUUCGACGAUGAUAAAAACUCACGUGAAGACGUCAGCCACGUCGUGUGCAAUUGAGGUUGCAGAUGGUGCAAUUGGAACAUCACGAGUACAACAACAAGAUCCGAUCGGCUAUGGACCAACUCGCCACUCGAAAACCUCUGGAGGAAGGGGCCGUGAAUGCAUUGUUGUAACUGAUCGGGGCCCCUAUGGGAAGGAAAAGGGCAAGCAGCCCAGAGUCGUCCCUGCACCUCCACAGGAACAAGAGGACAAGGCGCGGAACACCAAAUUGCGGGUAGCAAACGUGUCUCCUCCACGUGGAUCAGAGGAACCCCCGACGCUUGACCCAACUGAGUUGGGCUUUGUUAUGGGACUGAAGUUCAAAUUAUGAUCAUGAGCGUGGCUGCAGAUUCAUGAACUCCGGGAGGGCGAGGAUGACGAUGAGCCGCGUGGACUUCAUAUUUUGGAGACAGCUGCGGAGGAUGAAGCUGUGUGACGUGGCGGCAGUUUGACAAAAUCGGGCGGUGUCGAGUAACUACUUACUUGGUAGAGGCAUUGAUUUCCUCCGCCUACUACUAUCUUUCUGAAGAGGCACGGUUUCAUGACAUUUCUGAACCUCCUGCGCAUCAACAACAAGAGCAUGCGAGACACUUACUUACUCAUCCGAAGGAACGAGGAAAGUGGAACUCUUACUUGAUGUCUUCAGCAACGGCAUGAUGAUUUCCCAGCGACGGCAAAUAGCCUGUACGCCCUCAGCGAUAUUGAUCUUAAUCAAGAAUAUGAUCAUAAUAAUCCUAUGAAAUGAUCAUUGUGAUUCAUUUUUAUAAUCUCGUUGUUCUUCUACUUCUACUGCUGGGAAGUGCAAGAACUGCGAACGCAAAGAUACUGGGACUAUCGGAUAAUUUUUGUUCGGCAUUCAUGUCGUAAUUCCUGGAAACAAAAUGACUGUAGCAGAUGGUCGAUUAUAAUACACACAAGAAUAACGAAUGCGCCACGAAUUUGAUGUUGAUGUUUAUGUUUGAAGAUGAGAAGCACGCUGAAGACGGAGAGUUCUUGGCACGAUAGUACAGGACAUCUAUUGAUGCGUCGAAGCAAUCGCAGCGUAAGAUGAAACAAUGAAUUGAAUGCAUCAUCAACAACAUGUGAUUGUGAAUUUUUCAGAGAACUAUCACAACAUGAAGACGAGAUUUUGAAUGAUGUUGUCCCAAUGCAAGACUCCUCUUUACGUUGUCAUGGACGAGCGAAAGCGUGCUGUCUGGGGAGUAUUCUCUGUGAAGAGCAUCUUCAUCUCCUGAUUUUUCCAAAACAAGAAUUGAAUUGUUCCUUUGUGCGACUGAGAAUCUAGAUGAUAGAAAGAUGCUGGUGGUGCUGCAGUCCUUCUACACCUGCACCUGCUGCACGAACUUGAUUUGUCCUGAAUUUCUUGUGCCUCUGGCUGCUACGGUUCAAGCAGGU